AUGGAACCCAAACAUGUUCCCCAGUCGGCCGACGACCAGGCCUUGGCCCGGCUGGGCAAGAAGCAGGUGCUCAAGAGACGUUUCGGCUUUCUGUCGAUCGUCGGCUUCGCUAUGGCCGAACUGAUCACGUGGGAGACAGUCCUCACGCUGUUUUACCAAUCGUUGGAGAAUGGUGGCCCUGCGGGUGCCUUUUACGGCUAUGUGAUCGCCUGUCUGUCGACCUUGUCGACGUACACUGUCAUCUCGGAAUUGGCGUCUAUGGCUCCGAUUGCAGGUGGGCAGUACUACUGGGUGUAUAUGCUUGCUCCGCUGAAAUAUAAGAAGGCAUCCAGCUAUCUGAUCGGCUGGCUCACCUCUCUGGCAUGGAUCGCGACGAUCGCCACCGAGACUAUCUUCCUUGGGACGAUGAUCGAAGGCCUUAUCACCUUGAACAGCCCUGAUUUUCCGCAACAACGGUGGCAGAACACUCUGUUGGCCUGGGCGAGUGUCGCAGGUACCUUCUUCAUCAACGUCGUGGUGCCAGGGAUUCUUCCCCGAUUUGAGAUCGUUAUGUUGGUCUUGCACUUGGCGGGCUUUGUUGGCAUUCUGGCUACCCUGCUUGCUAUGUCACCUAAAAGAUCGGCAGACUUUGUUUUCCACACUUCCCUUAAUGAAGGAGGUUGGCCAACACAAGGCCUAUCCUACUGCGUGGGAUUCAUCGGAAACAUUGCGACAUUUGUGGGUGCCGAUGCAAGCGUCCAUAUGGCCGAAGAGGUCGCCAACGCUGCAGUGGUAAUCCCUCGCGCAAUCAUCACCGGAAUGACGCUCAACAGUGUUCUCGGACUCGCGAUGAUGGUUACGGUUCUCUUCUGCAUCGGAGACGUCGAUCAUGUUCUGAACUCAGUCACAGGGUUUCCAUUCAUCCAGGUCUUUUACGACAGCACUCAGUCCUACGCCGGCGCAUCCGUCAUGACCGCCCUCAUCAUAGUCCUGACGGGCGCCUGCUCCACUGGUAUCACCACCACAGCAUCUCGUAUGACCUGGUCCUUUGCGCGCGACAAGGGCCUGCCAUUCUCCCGCUUCCUGAGCCAAGUGAACCAUCGCACCAAAGUCCCCAUCGUAUCUGUCACCGUAGUCUGUGGAUUUGCCUGCGCCCUGACUCUCAUCUACAUCGGUUCCGACACUGCCUUUAACGACGUCAUCUCCCUGACCGUGACCGGAUUCUACAGCACCUAUAUCCUCCCAAGUGCGUUACUUCUCUACCACCGCAUUAUGGGCCAUGUCUUGCCCCAUGGGACUAUGCUCGACGGCCUCCCAGAUGCAGCCGCCAGCGCCAGUUCCAGUACCAAGGAGAAGUCCGUUACCCCUGUGCGCCCCAAGAGCCCUGUUAAUGAGGACCCCCCCAAUGCGGGUCCUUCGUCCAGCCCAGAACGCGACAUUCCCGAGAAAACUACUGGCCAGGUGGAGUUUGAAAUCUCCCAGGCUCCUCUCAUCUGGGGUCCGUGGAAGGUCCCCGGUAUUCUCGGUACCAUUAACAACGCGUACGCUUGUGUGUAUAUGUUAUUCGUCCUUUUCUGGAGUGUUUGGCCCUCCGAGACUCCGGUGAAUUACUCCACCAUGAACUACAGUAUUGUCGUCACUGGCGGCGUGCUGAUCUUGAGUGGUAUCUGGUAUUUCGUCCGGGCGCGGAAGGAAUACGAGGGGCCACUGAUUGAUGAGGAUAUUGCUGAGAUCAUGCAUCUCAGCCCGGGCGCUAUUCCAGGACUGGUUCCCGGCUCAUCAGCUCCUCCUGUAUAA